UACAUCUGCACCACCCACUCUCUCUCUCUCUCAUAUCCGUCUCACAUCUCUCCAUUGUGGUAUAUAUAUAUAAGGACUAAACACAAGUCUUAAGGCACUUUGGCUUCAUUGGGAUACGCGUUUUUGCACAGCCCGAAAUUUUCCGAAAGCUGAAGUCGCCGGAUUUUGGAAACAAGCUUGAACAGAUCUCCAACUCUUUCUCUAGUAUUUUGUAAUCUUUAGCAGUUUCAUAAAGAGAUGCUUUGUGUAGUGAACAUGGGGAGAGGAAAGAUCGAGAUCAAGAGGAUCGAAAACACGACCAACCGUCAGGUCACAUUCUGCAAGCGAAGGAAUGGGCUUUUGAAGAAGGCUUAUGAAUUAUCAGUGCUAUGUGAUGCAGAAGUUGCCCUCAUCGUCUUCUCCAGCCGCGGUCGAGUCUAUGAGUACUCAAACAACAACAUAAAAUCAACCAUAGAUAGGUACAAGAAGGCCAGCUCAGAUAGUACAAAUGGAGGCUCUACCAUGGAGAUCAAUGCCCAAUAUUACCAGCAAGAAUCAGCAAAGCUGCGCCAGCAAAUACAGAUGCUGCAGAAUUCUAACAGGCACUUAAUGGGUGAUUCCUUGGCUUCCUUGACUGUGAAGGAGCUAAAGCAGCUCGAGAACAGGCUUGAACGAGGCAUCACAAGAAUCAGGUCCAAGAAGCAUGAGUUGCUGUUGGCUGAGAUUGAAUACUUGCAGAAAAGGGAAAUUGAGCUGGAAAAUGAAAGCGUAUAUCUCCGAACCAAGAUUGCAGAAGUGGAGAGGCUUCAGCAAGCAAACAUGGUGUCAACACAUGAGUUUAAUGCCAUCCAGGCAUUAGUUUCUCGCAAUUUCUUUCAGCCCAAUAUGAUUGAGGGUGGAUCCACAGGCUACCCACUUCCUGAUAAGAAGGUCCUCCAUCUCGGGUAAAUGAUGGGAGAAAAUAUCCACCAAGUUCAUCUCCUUAUGAUGUUUAAAUAAAUCUUUUCCCAUGCUAUCCAAACUGUUAUGUAACGGAGAAUUAAUGUCAUUGUUGUAUUUGGGGUUUCUAUGACUUGGUAUUUAUCAGCUAGCAACCAGUACUGUUUUGUAUAACAUUAGUAUGAUAUAUAAUAAUAGCC